UGAUGAUCCAAACAGAAGCCUCUCAAUUCUUCGAUUUUUUUUCCCACUCUUCUUCACUUCAUUCUUCAUUUUCUCUAGCUCUUUCUACUCGUACAUUUAGCCCAAAAAAACCCAUAAAAUAUUUGUCCAGAAAAAAUGAAUUAAAAGUGAACAUGCACUUAGAAAUCGUUCAAGAAAAACUCAGAAAAACCGAAUUUUAAUUAAGGAACGUUGCAAAAGAACCAAAAGGGUUUAGAGGGCGUUUGCAUUUGUUCAAACAAUCAAUUGUUUUGGCGAUUUUAGAGUAUUGGGCCUGCUUCAAAACGGAGAUUAAGGAUUGAUUUUGAAAGAUUAGUUUUUUUAACCGUUUAAUUUCUUCGGAGGAUUUUGUUGGAGGGGAUUUCUGAUGGGGAGCCCCGAUGAGACCAACAUAAGGGACAUUGAUGCGUCGGUGGGUGAAUUGGUUUGGGUCCGACGCAGGAACGGUUCUUGGUGGCCGGGUCGGAUUAUGGGCCUUGACGAACUCUCCGAGGGUUGUUUGGUUUCUCCAAGAUCCGGUACCCCUGUUAAGCUUCUUGGUCGCGAAGAUGCAAGCGUGGACUGGUAUAAUCUUGAAAAGUCUAAGAGAGUGAAGGCCUUCCGUUGUGGAGAAUAUAAUGAAUGUAUUGAGAAAGCAAAGGCUUCAGCAGCAAAUUCUAACAAGAAAGCAGUGAAAUAUGCUCGAAGAGAAGAUGCUAUUCUUCAUGCUCUUGAGAUUGAGAGUGCACGUCGAGGCAAGGAUCAACCAGAUUAUUUCCCUAGAAAAGAUAACUCUGGUGGUGACAAGAGUAGUUCGGCCAGAGAAUCACCCACCAUGUCACAUUCUGGGAAAGAAAAUGAGGACAUGUCUGAUGAAAUGAAUGGAUCUGAGGAUGCUUCAGAUUCAGCUCCAGAAUUAUCACAGUCUGGGAUAUCAUUUGAAGAGCCAAAUCAUAUUAAUGGUACUAUGGGGUACUCUAAGUUGAUAAAGAGAAGAAAAACACCAAAUGAUUCCGAGGAUGAUGGAUCAGAAAGAAUCAAGCGCAUGAGAGGACUUGAGGAUCUAGGUAUGGGUGUAGGAUCAAAAAGAAAAGCUCAGGCUGCAGGUGAACUUGAACUAGUUCAACAAGAUAAUUCUUCAUUCUAUGGAACAAAUGCUGGAAGUUACCUUUCUAAUGGAGGUCCCAUAAAUGGUAGCCGAAAUCAUUCAUCAUCAGGGAAAAGAAAGAGAUCUCAAGUGGCAAAUGUUCAUGAAUUUCUCAAAAGAAAAAACCGGCGUCGACCAUUAACCAAGGUUUUGGAGAGUACAGCUAUUGUGUCAGUUCCAGUUGUUUGUGAUGAACAUACAAGCUCAAGUGGCUCAGCCCUUCAGGGACUUUUUGACAGCAAGAUAUCAGGAAUCGAUUCUAAUGAAUCACGCAAAAGUGCACCUGCAGUAAUUGACAAUGGCCACAACAACAAUACUAACAACUUGGAUAGUACUGGAGUUUCAUGCGGGAAUGGUGUCUUCUUAAAUGCUUCUGAACAUGUUGCCGACACUGAUGCAUCCCUAACUAAUAAUAAGGCAAAAGAAAAUGAAAUUUCCAGCUUACCAGAGUUAGCUGAAAAUGAAUCUUCUAAUAGGCUAUUUGAUGUGCCGUUUGUUGGAGAAGAUAAACCAUCUGCAGAUUUUUCUCCAAUAUUUGUAUCUUGUUCACCCGAGACUCCUGAAGUCGGUGAUUUGGGAAGGCAAGCUGAAAUUGAGGGACAUACUGAGCUUGGUUAUACCAAAUCAGUAGAUGUUCAUGUAACUAGUAUUAGCCAGAUGAUAGAGAAAGGAACUGCUGACUGGCAGUUAAAAGGAAAGAGGAAGUCAAGACAAAUAAGUAAAAACAAGAAACACGACUUGAGAAAAUAUCAUGAUGCUGAUGAUGAACCAAAUGCUUAUUUAGCAGGUAUAGAGUGCUUGGAUGGAAUUUUUAAGGGUUCUGAUCAGAAAGUUGGUUGUGAUGGUGUUGGUGGGUCAGUUGCUCCGUACUAUUGUGCCUUGCAACCCAAGUUCAAGUCAGGUGUUGAAGAGCAGCUUGAUAGUUUGCAGGACUGGAAGCCUGUUUCUCAGGAGCCUCUUGUGGGGGGACCAACAGCGGAAACGAAAACAUUAGCUGAUGAUUCUCUGACCCCUCAAAGGUCACUUCCGUACCGUCAGCCCCGUUAUAUGGUUCACUCCAGAUAUCAGAUGACAGAUUUUCCUGGAAAAACUUAUUCUGCUGAUUCGUCAUUAUACAAUGUUAAGAUUGAGGUGAAAGCUAACUAUCAGCCACAGCAUGUUCCUUUAGUUUCCCUCGUGAGUAAGCUGGAUGGAAAAGCCAUAAUCGGUCACCCUCUAACAGUUGAGGUUUUGAGUGAUGAUUACCAUGGCAAUCUGACUCAUGAAGCCGCCUCUAUGAAGGGCCAAAAAAAGUCUGAAGUUGGUCAUUUAGCGAAGCGAAAUUCCAAAGGUGGACCAGUCUCUAGGAAGCAUAUGAAAUUGCAAUCACAUUUCCUACCCCGUAAAUCAGCAAAAGAAAAGAAAUCUAGGAAAUAUGGACUAUUGUCUAAGAAGACUCGGAAAUUGUCUUCAUUGACUGGUCAGAAGAUAGGUGCAGGUGACCGGAAAACAAUAGCGGAGAAGCCUAAUGGUCCGGUAAUAGCUUGUGUUCCUCUAAAGUUAGUAUUCAGUAGGAUAAAUGAAGCAGUAAAUGGCUCUGUGCGGCCAAAAUACUGACCUUUAACAUCCGCCAAUCCAUGAGUAGGUGAUCCCUUCUAUAGUGAAUGUGCUCACAUCCGGGAUUUUAUUUUCAUUUGAAAUUGCUUGCGACGACGAGCUUGCAUGCAUUCAUUCUCCACAGUUAAAAUUAAUCCUAUAGGAUUGUUGCAGAAAAAGAAAGCUGGUACGGGUAUGAAUGAAGAGGAUGAUGGAGAUGGGCUUUGUAUAUAUGAAACAUUUAAAAUGAGGUUGGGGUUGUAAAGAAAGUUAAUAUCCAUGGCCUGAUAUUGGUUUUCUUUUCAUAAAUUUCAGGUUGAUUGAGUUAAUGGGGGCGACUAACAUAAAUUUUGUUUGUUUUAUUUGUACCUUUUUCUUUUUCAUUGGAUUUGAGACUUUCCCAAAG